AUGGCAGACUGGGAACAGAUCGCUCGCAAGCACCGAAAAGAGCAGAAGGAGAAGAUUCCGUCAGCAUGGCUCUUGGACAAUGACAAGCUAAGCCAGCUUCGCGGUGUCGGCACGGCAGAAGAGGGCCGCCUCAUCGAUCUCCAAGCAGCCAAGAACUCGGGCAUCCUCGACAGCAAAGAAAUCGAUAUAACUGAGAAUUACACGGCUCGCGAGCUGGUGCGAUACCUUCGGCUAGGAGUGCUCAGCGCCGAGAAAGUGGCAAAUGCGUACUGCAAGCGGGCAGCCGUUGCUCAGCAGCUGACUUCCUGCCUCACCGAGAUAUUUUUCGAAGACGGAAUCGAAAGAGCUCGAUGGCUCGACCGGCAGUUACGAGAAACUGGCAAAGUCGUUGGACCCCUCCAUGGCUUGCCAAUCAGUCUCAAGGAUAGCUUCCACGUAAAUGGGCACUCUGCGACAGUGGGCUAUGUCGAGUUCCUCAAGCAAGCCCCUCCCAAAGGCAACGCGGCUCUUGUCAAGCUGCUUCUUGACGCUGGAGCGGUUCUCUAUUGCAAGACCAAUAUUCCACAAACAAUGAUGACUUGCGAUUCCGAGAACAACAUCUUCGGCCGAACACUCAACCCGCACAAUACAAAGUUGACAGCUGGAGGCUCUAGUGGAGGCGAGGGAGCGCUCGUAGCGUUCCGUGGAUCACCUUUGGGCAUCGGUAGCGAUCUGGCCGGUUCCGUGCGCAUCCCAGCUUUCUGCUGCGGCUUGUACGGCUUCAAGCCAACCGUGGAUCGUGUACCUUUCUCAGGGCAGUCUCUCUCCCCGUGGCCAAUCAACUGGAUGUCGGCUGUCAUGCCCGCUCUCGGUCCGUUGGCCACCUCAGCUGACGACUUGUCGCUUUUCAUGGAGGUUGUGACUAAGCUCAACCCGUGGAAGUACGACGGCACCGCGAUCAAUCUCUCCUGGAGAAGCCUUGACGAGCCUCGAUCAAAACCAUUGACGAUCGGCAUCUUGCCCGAAGAUCCCGAAUACACCCUACAUCCUCCUGUACGCCGGAAUCUGGCUGAGGCGGCGUCCGUUCUCGAGAAAGCUGGACACAAAGUUGUACAUCUUGCACCGGAAGCCAAGCGCAGCGCGGCUCUUGGUGCGAGAAUCUCGUAUCAAUACUUCAGCAUCUCUGCACCAGCUGUUGCCGACUUUGGAGAGCCAUUUGUUGCCUCUGUUGCCAAAGGAAUGCACCCAUUCUCUACCGGAGACUUCCCUGUGGAUCCAAAGCUGGAUAUCCCGAGCCAGUUUACAGGACUGAACAUGGCUCGCGCAGCUUAUGCCCAAUCAUGGAGCCAGACCUGGCAACAGCACGAUCUAGACAUUGUAUUGGCUCCUGGUGCAUCAUGCACAGCCGUCCCACACGACACCUUUGGCCUCCCCGUGUAUACAGUCAUGUGGAGUUUGAUUGACUACCCUGCAGCAGUCAUUCCCUUUGGCACUGCAUCCGCGACGCGAGACUCUGAGCCACAAAAGGCCAUCGCGGAGUUUGUGCCUGAUUACAUCCCCGAAGCUACUGAUGGCGCACCUUGUGCAGUCCAGGUUAUUGCGCCAAGGUUCCGCGAUGAGGAGUGCUUGGAAGCUGUCGGCAUCAUUGACAAGAUCCUCAACGCUGGACAUUAA